CGAACCGCCACAAUAACCAACACGAAGAAGAAGUGCUGCAUCUCUAUGGCAACGACAGCUCUAACUUCCAAUAUCUUUAGUUUCUCCGGUGUUUAUUAUUAUAUUAACUACAUUUACAAACGCUGUAGCGGUUGGAUAAUUAAAUUCGCUUAUUUUAUUACGUAAAAGACAAAAAAAAAAAAACCUACAUUUGUUUUAACCGUGGCUAACGAAAGGAGCUAACACCCGAGCUAAUGGCAGACUGCUGGAACACGGACACCGGGGAGGCCGUGUACCGGUCCCGGGAUGUCGUCAAAAACUUGACAAUAAAGGUGCGCAUAGAGAGGGUGACCUCCACCGGAGCUCUCUCUCUGCACCUCCAGCAGCAGGUCCUGUCCCAGCCGGACGGAGGAGCCAUUGAACUGGAGACCCUCAGCUCUCAGGGCCAGACAGCAGGUGAUGUUGAGGAGGAGCUGGUGGUGGGCUGGCAGGAGAAACUCUUCAGUCAGUACGAGAUGGAGCUGUUCCAGAACGAGGCGGCGUGUCAGACCCCUCUGGACCGUCAGUACCACGCUGAAGUCGAGGCCCUGAACCGGGGCAAGGGUCGACGAAACCACAGGAUUUUCACAUACACUGAUCACGACCGCUACACCAACUGUCUCCCCUUCCAUCAACUGCAGCACACCACUGAACUACUGACCACAACCAAAUCCAGCCCCACGUUCCUGGCUGAGAGGAUGGCCAGCGUGAGACACAGACGGCAGGACCGACGCACCACAGACUGUAGUAUCCCUAAGUCAAAGAUCGUCAACUGGGAGCCCACAGAGGAGUUUGUGAAGAGCAGUCAUGUGGUGAACAGUACCAUGCAGACCAUGCACAUCAUGGGAGACCUGAGUCCCCCUGGAAGGCUGGGCCAGAAGGAGAACGAAUGUUUGCUGGUCACAAUAAAAACAGACGGCAGUGGAACGGUCAUUGUAAAACCUGACUUCAACCAAGGCAAAGAGCCCUACAGGAUUGUGACGGAGGGCGAGAAGAGAGAAGUUUGGCGUCUCACUCUGGAGAAUGUAUCCACGACCAUGAAGCCAGAAGAGAAGGAGAGGGAGCACAACAUGUACAAAGAUCUGUAUGUUCGGCACAAGGAGUACCUCAAUAGUCUUGUUGGACAGGACUUUGAAAUGCCCCCUGCAGGGAUUCUGCGUUACGUGAUGAAUGGAGAGAUAGUUUCAGCCAAAGGCUUUGAAUACGAUAACUUGUACAUCCACUUCUUCAUGGAACUGCCCAACAAUUGGUCCAGUUUGCCGUUUCAGCCUCACUCAGGCGUCACCCAGACCUGCCGGACCAAAACAGUUGGGAAGGAAAAUGUAGCUUUCUUCAGUUUCCCCUUCACCUUUGAGGCUUUCUACAUGUGUGAAAAAGAGAGCGAGGAGUCGAUUCCCCAGUGGCCAGUGCUUUACUUCAAGGUUCUUUCUCUGGACUCCUGGCAGCGCUAUCGGACCGAAGGCUACGGCUAUCUGCUUUUUCCUGCCGUGCCUGGUAAACAUACAGUGACGUGCCACACGUGGAGACCCCUUCAGACGGGGACGCUCUCUGCACUGAGGCGCUUCUUUAUCGGAGGCUCUCCGGAGCUCGAAGACCACAGCUACGUCAGAAUACCGGGGACCUUCAAGGGAGAGAGGCUGAGUCGCUUUGGCUUCUGCACUGAAAGCACAGGAAGCGUCACCUUCAAUCUGCACUGCGUCCAGCAGGCCAGGGCCUUCGUUGAUGCCACCAUGUUGAAGAAGAGGAGGCAGAAAGUGUUUGACCAGCUGGGAGGAUUUAGUCAGCAGGGAGCUGUCUGCACCAUCCUGGAGGCGUUCCAGAGGGCCAGGAGAAAGAUGCAGGAGGCCAGAGAAAGUCUUCCCCGAGAAAUCAUUAACGCCACCUCCCAGAUCGAAUCGUCUGCAUAGGAAACCAGUGAUGAUGUAUAAAAACAGCCAAACGGAUCAGUAAUACUGCACUUUCACUGCGUUAUUACACAGGAAUGUGAUGUUCUGUAACGAGUCAGACAGAAGAAAAGUGUCUGAUUAUUAACGUGUCUGAUGGAUUUAUGUGGUAAUGAUUCAAAUUAAUAUGCCUUCUAAGAAUGGUAUCACCAUGUAUUCUCUGUACACUGCUUGUCUAAGAUUUGAGUAAAUGGUUAUUAUUAAUUAUAGACAGUGAGGAUUGUGAUGUAACAGAAAAUCAAAUUUACUUUUUUAGAUUAUUUUGUAUAUUUUCAAUUAGUUAUUUCAAAGAAAUGUUAAUAAUAUUUGCUGUAAUAUAAACUUUUUUUAUAAGAAGUAUAA